GGCGCGCCCAUCACUGAGAGGGGCGUGUCCAUCACCGAGAGGGGCAUGCCCAUCACCGAGAGGGGCAUGCCCAUCACCGAGAGGGGCGUGUCCAUCACCGAGAAAGGCGUGCCCAUCACCGAGAGGGGCGCGUCCAUCACCGAGAGGGGCGUGCUUCCGAAGGCCAAGCACGUGCCGGGGAUGGGCAAGGCGGUGCCCGAGAUGGGCAAGGCGAAGCCGGAGACAGCAAAGCCUCUGCUGGGGAUGGCCAUGCCCAUGCCGGGGCUGGUCUCGCCUGCUCUGGGGGUGGCACCGCCCACUCCAGGGAUGGCCAUGCCCGCGCCUGGGAUGGCCAAGCUGAUGCCCGAGAAGGCGCGGGGGUUAAUGAAAUUGUGGAAGGAAGGUCCCCAGGUCAUGGAGAUGCUCCAGAACGUCAUGGAGGACGUGAAGAUCCUGAAGGAAGCCCAGGAAAGGGCACAGGAGGCCCCAGAGUUCAGCCCGACGGAGCUCCUGCAGCGGGUUGAGGAAGUAGAGAAGAUAGUCAGAAACCGGGAGGAAUUCCUGGAACCCUUCAGCCGGAAGAUGACUAUGCUGCCCCCUGGAGAGGAAGUCACCAUGGUCACCUGGGAGGAGCUGGAGCAGGCCAUUACUGACGGCUGGAAGGCCUCACAGGGCAUAGAGACAACGCCAGCGAUUCUUAAGCGCAAAGGGAAAACUCCCGUGUCACGUGAACUGAGUGCAAGUACAACCUCCAUUGGGUACCCAAGUGCCGACCAGGCUCUGGACUCCGCUGGUGGCUUUGGCCCAGAUCAGACCCUGCUGGGACCCGGCGGACCAAGACACCCCUCUGAAGGGUUUCUUGACAGAGAACCACACCACCCAAGGGUCCGUGAUGAAGCCGGGCUGGCAAAAGCCCAUCACCCCCCGAUGCCCCAAUUCAGAGCUGAAGCUGAUCAUCACAGGCCUAGAGAGCGGCCCAGCUCAGCACGUAUGAGAAGAGAUGAACGAGACGCACACCCUGGCCCAGUUCCACAGGACUUACCCAGAGACCGGCAUCAUCUCAUCCCCCCGGAUGCUCGUGGGGGGAUGCCCCCCAGCCCGAGUCAAGUCAUGUACGCAAGGCCAGACCAACUUGGGCCAGGGCCACCUGGCCUGGAUCAGCUUGAGUUUCAACCUCCUAGCGUUUACCCAUAUGGCCUACCCUUCAGCACGGGCCAGCUGGGUAUGAUGCCACCUGGACUGGAUGAACAGGGAUUGGUACUACCUGGCAUGGGUCAGCAGGAUGUGGUGCCACUUUGGGUACCCGGCAUGGGUCAGCAAGGACUGGAACUACCUAGUACAGCACAGCCUAUUAUGAUUCCACCGAGUACACAACAGUACGGUGUGAGAUUUCCUGGCCCAGACCAACGUGCCAUGGAGCGGCCUGCAAUGGAGGAGAGUGGUGUGAGACCCGUUGGCAUAGAUCAGCGUGGAUUUCCAAUAUAUGGCAUGGAUCAACAAGCAAUGGUUCCACCUUUUAAAGAUCAGCAAGGCUUUGUACAGCCCGGUUCGGAAUCACCUGGCUUCAUACCACCUGGCAUACCGCAGUACGAUCCUGGUUUGGUCCCACCUGGUGCAGGCCAGCCUGGUUUGGUCCCACCUGGUGCAGGUCAGCCUGGUUUGGUCCCACCUGGUGCAGGUCAGCCUGGUUUGGUCCCACCUGGUGCAGGCCAGCCUGGUUUGGUCCCACCUGGUGCAGGUCAGCCUGGUUUGGUCCCACCUGGUGCAGGUCAGCCUGGUUUGGUCCCACCUGGUGCAGGUCAGCCUGGUUUGGUCCCACCUGGUGCAGGCCAGCCUGGUUUGGUCCCACCUGGUGCAGGCCAGCCUGGUUUGGUCCCACCUGGUGCAGGGCAGCCUGGUUUUUUCCCACCUGGUGCAGGUCCGCCUGGUUUUUUCCCACCUGGUGCAGGUCAGCCUGGUUUUUUCCCACCUGGUGCAGGUCAGCCUGGUUUAGUCCCACCUGGUGCAGGUCAGCCUGGUUUGGUCCCACCUGGUGCAGGUCAGCCUGGUUUGAUCCAACCUGGAGUUGAUCAGCGUGGUUUGGUACAGACUGGUAAAUAUCCACCCGGUUUUGUACAGCCAGGUGCAUAUCCAUAUGGUUUGGCUCAACCAUAUGUUUUGGCUCAACCACGUGGUUUGGUCCAGCCUGGUGCAUAUCCACAUGGUUUCAUGCAGCCUGGUGUGGCAGGUCAGCCUGGUUUGAUCCAACCUGGUGCAGGUCAACGUGGUUUAGUCCAACCUGGUGCAGGUCAACCUGGUUUAGUCCAACCUGGUACAGGUCAACCUGGUACAGGUCAACCUGGUGCAGGUCAACCUGGUACAGGUCAACCUGGUGCAGGUCAACCUGGUACAGGUCAACCUGGUACAGGUCAGCCUGAUUUUGUCCAACCUGAAAUGGACCAGUAUGGUUUAGUCCAACCCGGUGCAGAUCAGCCUGGUUUGGUCCAACCUGGAAUGGAUCAGUAUGGUUUGGUCCAACCUGGAAUGGAUCAGCGUGAUUCAGUCCAACUUGGUGCAGGUCAACCUGGUUUGGUCCAACCUGGAAUGGACCAGUAUGGUUUGGUCCAACCUGGAAUGGAUCAGCGUGGUUCAGUCCAACUUGAUGCAGGUCAACCUGGUUUGGUCCAACCUGGAGUUGAUCAGCGUGACUUGGUACAGCCAGGUGCGUAUCCACCUGGUUUUGUACAGCCAGGGGCAUAUCCACCUGGUUUUGUACAGCCAGGGGCAUAUCCACCUGGUUUUGUACAGCCAGGGGCGUAUCCACCUGGUUUGGUUCAACCUGGUGCCUACCCACCACGUGAUUGGAUGCAGGCUAGGGUCUAUCCUCGCGCCUUGGUCCAGCCCAGUGCAUAUCCACGUGGUUUAAUGCAGCCGGAUAUUGCUCAGCCAGGUGUAGUCCCACCCGGUGCAGCUCAGGUAGUGGAACCUGGAGUAGAUCAGCAUGGUUUGAGGCAGCCUGAUGCUGAUCACCAAGGCUUGGUACCACCAGGCGCUGAGCCUCGUGGCUUUCCACGCCGAUAUCAGCAUGGCGUGGCACCUCCUGGCAGAGAUCAACAUGGCCAGGUAUCACCACGCCUCUCCAGGCAAGGUUGGAUGUCGCCUGGUAUGGACCAAGAGGGUUUGGCACCCACAGACACUUAUCCACGAGCCAUAGACCAGCGUGGUCCAAUACCGUUCAUCACAGGCGUGGUAUCCGCACGUCCAGAUCAGCAGCCUUGGUUACCACCUGACCUAGAUCAGCGUGGCCUGAUGGAUGCGGGUGCAGACCAGCGUGACCGUGAAUCCUUUAUCCAAGACUCACGUGGGCUCCUGUAUCCUGGCCCUUAUAGCCCAAGGUACCCAGGUGUCGAUCAACAUGUCCAAGUUCAUUUGGAUCCACACCAACGCAGGGCUUAUACUCAGACCACCACGAGCCCAGAUGUCCCCUGGGCUCGGAGUCUGGACUCCGUUAACGUAUCCAGGCAAGUCUCACGAGAAGCGAGUUUUAUUGAGCCUAAGAAACACGAUUCGCUGGAAAAAGUGGCUCCUAGCUUCCCCAUCGCCGUGGAGACCUUCCGCCUGAUGGGAGAGCUCAUCGGCCUCUACUCGGAGCUCAAGGAGAACAUGAAGACCCUGGACGUGCAGAAAGCCGGCGAGAGCGACUUGGAGAAGAUCCAGUACCUGCUCGCCCUCAUGGUCCAAAAGACCAUCCCGCCAGACCUGCAGGAGCAGCUGAAGUCCAUCAAGACCCUGACCAAAGAGGUUCGGCAGGAGAAAGCCAAGCUGGACAAGAUACAGAGGUUCCUGGAGGGCGAAGGGUUUCCAGAAAUGGGGAAGGAGGUGGCCGCUGGCCCGCUGGGCCUGCAGCUGGGUCUCCUCAGGGUCAGCGUGCACGACAUCGAGAAGGAGCUGUCCGACCUGAGGGAGAGCCAGGAGCAGGGCAAGGUCAACAUGGAGCACUCCGUCUCCGAGGCCUCCCUUUACCUGCAGGACCAGUUGGACAAGCUCAGGACCAUCAUCGAGAACAUGCUGGCCUCGUCGUCCACGCUGCUGACCAUGAGCAUGACCCCGCAGAAGGCCUCGGUCAGCUUGUCACCUGGCCAGAUUGACCCCAAGGCCACCUGCCCGGCCUGCAGCCUGGACCUGAGCCACCAGGUCAGCACGCUGGUGCAGCGCUACGAGCAGCUGCAGCACAUGGUCACCAGCCUGGCUGCCUCGCGGCCCUCCAAGAAAGCCAAGCUGCAGAGACAGGACGAGGAGCUGCUGGGCCACGUGCAGAGCGCCAUCCUGCAGGUGCAGGGCGACUGUGAGAAGCUCAACCUCAUCACCGGCAACCUCAUCGAGGACCAUCGGCAGAAGCAGAAGGACAUCGACGUGCUGUACCAGGGUCUGGAGAAGCUGGAGAAGGAGAAGGCCAACAGGGGGCACCUGGAGAUGGAGAUGGAAGUGAAGGCCGACAAGAGCGCCCUGGAGGCCAAGGUGAGCCGCAUGCAGUUUGACGCCACCACGGAGCAGCUGAACCACAUGAUGCAGGAGCUGGUGGCCAAGAUGAGCGGGCAGGAGCGGGACUGGCAGAAGAUGCUGGACCGGCUCCUGACCGAGAUGGACAGCAAGCUGGACCGCCUGGAGCUGGACCCCGUGAAGCAGCUGCUGGAGGAUCGGUGGAAGUCCUUGCGGCAGCAGCUCAAGGAGCGCUCCCCGCUCUACCAGGCGGACGAGGCGGCCGGCAUGCGGCGGCAGCUCCUGGCACAUUUCCACUGCCUGUCCUGUGACCGUCCCCUGGAGACAGCUGUGACUGGACAGGUCCUCCCCACCACGCCCGUGGGGCCCAGCCUGCCCGGGCACCGCUCCACCCGCCCCUACACCGUCUUUGAGCUGGAGCAGGUCCGGCAGCAGAGCCGCAACCUCAAGCUGGGCAGCUCCGCCUUCCCGCGGGCCGACCUGGCGUCGAUGGAGCGGAGCGUGGGGCGGCUGCGCACCAUGCACUCCAAGAUGCUGAUGGACAUCGAGAAGGUGCAGAUCCACUACGGGGGCUCGGUCAAGGCCAGCAGCCAGAUGAUCCACGAGCUGCUGCAGGCCCAGUGCCUGGGCUCCCCCUGCUGCAAGCGGGUGUCGGAGAUGUCCGACUACAGCUUCGCCACGGUGUCGCGGCACUGCGGGGGCAGCCACACCCUCACCUACCCCUACCGCCGCACCCGCCUGCAGCACCUGCAGCAGGGGCUGUUCCCCGAGGACAUCCAGAUCGCCAGGAAGCACCACGAAGUGGACAUCUUGGGCCUGGACGGACAUAUUUACAAGGGACGGAUGGACACGAGGCUGCCCGGCAUCCCGAACAAAGACAGCGCCGGGAACAACAAGCACAAGAUCAAGCCGUCCCGGUCCCACACGCACCGGCAGCCGGCCCUCGGCGACAGCAGCCAGCUGCCCUUGCGGCCUCAGAGCGCCCACAUGGCGGCUGGCAGCAUCUCAGCUACUUCUCGGCAGCACACAGACAGACCCGUCUCCUCGGAGGGGCGCCUCUCCCAGCCGAACGUGGCCCACCUGCCCAGCCCCAGCGAGAUGGCCAUGCACAUGGACGUGCCUCCCGGGGAGGGCAUGGAGGAGCCCACCCGGGGGCCCAGGACCCCCACUGCUCGCUGAGCAGAGCUAUAAAUAAAUGUUUUGGAAGAA